CGUACGCCAUUUCUGUCUUGAUACGUUCUUCCUGUAACAAAUGCAAUUAAAAAAUUUGAGUAGUCCAUAUUUAUGGAAUCAGGAGUAGCAGCUUCAAUAGGUUUAGUUGCCUCAAAAGCAACGCACGUCAAAAAUAAAUACUCGCAACAAAGAAGUGGAACGCUUAGUUGAUUAACUCCAACGCUUUGUUAAGUGCAUUUAAUUGACCGCUGCUCGUUGUCAUUUCUCUCCUGCAGCUCAAAGUGUUGGUGCUCUAUUUGUUUACGCUACUGGCGAGCAAUCGAAAUAAAUUAGCAAAAGAAAAGCGCAAAGUAACUAAAAUAUAAGAGUACAUACAAUUAUAAAUUAACUGCAUUUAAUGAAAGUUAAAUUUCAAGGCAUCUUGGUAAUAAUUACAUACGCUUAGAGAAACAUAAAUUGAAUUAUUUUGGAGUAAUAACUACAAUACGUAACGAUAAUGUCUACUAACAAAGAUAGCCCUAGCCGUGACUCCAUGACAUCUUCUUCGGCGCCAAUAUCACUUCUGGCCGAUGGAGAUUCUCUUACCCGCGACUACAGUUUGGGCAGCCUCACAUCUGCUGUAAGCCAAGAUGAAUAUUUUCGAUGCCGUGAUCAUGCGGAAAGUGUUUUAAAACGUUUACAGUUAUAUUUGGAUAGUCAUCAGCUCUGCGAUGUAGUGCUAAUCGCUGGGAUUGACGGCAAGAGAGUGCCUGCUCAUCGUGUAGUAUUAUCGGCGUCGAGCGCCUAUUUUGCCGCCAUGUUCACCGGUUCGUUGCGUGAGACCAAAGAGCAGGAAGUCACGCUUGGCGAAGUGCAUGGCGAUGCAUUACAAAUACUAAUUCAGUACUGCUACACGGGAUAUAUUGAAUUGCGCGAAGAUACUGUGGAAACACUAUUGGCCACUGCCUGUCUGCUACAGUUAAACGCUGUAGUUACUGCCUGUUGCAAUUUUCUCGCACGCCAAUUGCAUCCUUCCAACUGCCUGGGCUUUGCCUUUUUUGCAGAACGACAAAGCUGCACAACUCUGCUGCGCCUAGCCAAAUCAUACACAUGCCAGCAUUUCAUUCAGGUAUGCAAAAAUCAAGAAUUUUUGCAGCUCGACUCAGAACAACUUGGUAAACUAAUCUCAAGCGACGAUCUCAAUGUUCCCACCGAGGAGGAAGUAGUGCACAGUCUCAAGAUGUGGGUGCAACACGAUCCUGUCAAUCGUGAGAAACACAUUCCUGAGUUGUUGGCAUUGGUGCGACUGCCUUUGUUGAAGCCUUCGUUCAUUAUGGAUCAUGUGGAAACGCUUUGCAGUUCGAAUGAAUGCCAACAGCUUGUAAUGGAAGCGCUUAAGUGGCAUUUAUUGCCUGAACGCCGCAAUCUGUUAGCUCUGAUAGCUUCAGAACGUACAAAGCCGCGUAAAUCGACGGUUGGACGAUUACUUGCCGUCGGUGGUAUGGAUGCGCAUAAGGGCGCUAUAAGUAUUGAAAGCUACUGUCCAUAUGCAGAUAAGUGGUCUGUUUGGAAGAAUAUGUCUGCACGUCGUUUGCAGUUCGGUGUUGCUGUGAUGGAUGAUAAAUUAGUGAUAGUGGGCGGCCGCGAUGGCUUGAAAACGCUCAACACAGUAGAGAGUUUAGACUUAAACACAAUGGCAUGGACAGCGCUAAAUCCUAUGGGAACACAUCGCCACGGUUUAGGUGUAGCCGUGCUGGAGGGGCCACUCUAUGCGGUCGGUGGACACGAUGGCUGGAGUUAUUUGUCCACUGUUGAAAGAUGGGAUCCAACCACCCGCACAUGGAGCUAUGUGGCGUCUAUGUCUUCGAUGCGUUCUACCGCUGGUGUUGCAGUGCUUGGUGGCCGCUUAUAUGUAGUCGGCGGACGAGAUGGUUCUGUUUGUCAUCGUUCUAUUGAAUGCUAUGAUCCGCACACCAACAAAUGGACUAUGCGUGCACCUAUGAAUAAACGGCGUGGAGGUGUAGGAGUGGCCGUUGCAAAUGGAUUCCUAUAUGCAUUAGGAGGUCAUGAUUGUCCGGCCAGCAACCCCUCUGUCUGCCGCACCGAUACAGUUGAGCGCUACGAUCCCGCAACAGAUUCGUGGACUCUGAUCUGCUCACUUAAUGUUGGACGUGACGCCAUCGGUUGCGCUUUGUUGGGGGAUCGCCUAAUGGCAAUUGGCGGCUAUGAUGGCAAUCACUACUUGAAGACUGUGGAAGUUUACAACGCCGAGACGAAUGAGUGGACGCAAGCUGCACCGCUGACAUAUAGUCGAGCUGGUGCUUGUGUUGUAGCAAUACCGAACAUAAUACCACCUACUCCACCACUACCCAGUGCAACAAAGAAAUGGAAACCGGUCAGAUUGAAUCCGAUGUGCUACAGACGCACCGUUGAAUUUGUCGAUUAUUACAACCUUUAAGCAACUAAAUACAGCAAACAAUACAUUUUUUAUCAUACAUAUUUUUUUACCAUACGAGUAUUUAGAUUUAAGAAUCAAAAAAUCAAACUUUAAUAUUGUAAUGGAUUUUUACUUCGCAUACGCAGAUACAAACAUACACCAUUUAGUAUAUAUUAUAUUUUAUAUAGGAAUUGUGUGCUCGAAAUCUAAUUUUUGAAUUUACGAAUAUGAGUAUUUAUUUCUUUAAUAAAAAGCAUAUUUUGCAUGCAAGAAAAUGCGGGCUUAUUUUAAAAACUCCGAGUGAGUAUAGCUGAAUGUCGACUUAUGAACCUGAUGAGGCGGAAAAAUUCCCAGUGAAGGAACACAACUUGUUACAGUGCAGACAAUUCCUGUUUUGAUGUGGCUGAACGAAAAAUUCAACUGCAACCUGAUGCGCAGAACAAAACUGAUCUCUACUGGCAUGACUCAAAUUUACAUCUCAAGUGAAAGAAGAAUACAUAAUAUAUAACCGGACAGUUACACUGUCCAUUCACACACGUCAAACGAAUGGAUAUGUACGAAAACCAACCACGCAACAACGCUCACGUCGUUCCCACGACAGUCGGUUCUACAUAACCGGAACAACCCGGAUUUAUAUCCGGCCAAGGACUGCUGCUGAAGUGCAUUCCUCAUAUAUGUAUGGGGAAUUUUUAUGCUGUUACACCAACAACCGCUCAUGUUUUCACAUAUGUACCGACACCAAGAACACUUUGGCCUAAAAUAUACUCCUUUGUUGCACUUUCUUGAGCCGAGAAAACUUCUGGCACACUUGCACUAUGGUUGGCGUACAUAAAUCUAAAUUACAACUUUUACAAGCAGUUUUUAUUACUGAGUACAUUUAUUAGAGGAGAUGUGUUGCGUUUUGGUGUCGAUGGUGGUAAAUCCAUUGUUUUGCACACCCAACCAGCGAUGUCCACUUCCUCAAUCUCAGCUUUGCGUAUCCAAGCGUGGUUCUAUAGAUAGAAAACGAAGGAGUUUAAUAUAAACAAAAAAAAAAUAAUAAUGAAUAAAUUGUAUACCAGUAGCGUCUUUAAAUC